AUGGAAACUGUGGUGAGAGCACAGCACACAGCAGUGACACUUGCUGACUACAUGGCCCAGCAACUGGAUAAUUUAGAGAUGCAGGUGGAGGACCUCUCAAACCAUUCCAGGUGCAAUAAUCUGCGCAUAAGAGGCCUCCCAGAAUCUCCCAAUGAAGGGCCUUUAGCAGCGAAGCUUGAAGAUUUCUUCAUGUACUACCGGACAUACCAGAGGAGAAAUGGCAGAUUGAUCGAGCCCAUAGAGCUCUGCAUACCAGAAGAAUAG